AUGGUUAAAGACCAAGAAGUUCGUUUAAAAACAGUUUUGGAAAUUAUUAUGGAAUAUCUACCAUAUAAUUGGGCAAAUCAAUUGAAAAUAGAGUACAAAUAUGAUGAACUUUGUAAAUUAGAAGGUCAAGAUGUUGUCUAUGUAAAGGAUAUUCCAAUUAAUUAUGUUAAGAAGCAAGGCAUUGAAAAUAAACAACCAGAAUCUGUUAAGAAACGUAAAUUGACAACUGGUGUGACUUCAUUGGCAAAAGUUAAUACUAGAGGAAUGAAAAAAAUGACAGAUUUUUUUAAAAAACCAAAAAAUUAA